AUGCACGGCAAGAUCAUCUUCUACGAGGACAAGAACUUCCAGGGUCGCUCCUAUGAGACCAGCAGCGACUGCGCUGACAUGUCCUCUCACCUGAGCAGGUGCCACUCCUGCAAGGUGGAGAGCGGCUGCUUCAUGGUGUAUGACCGUCCCAACUACAUGGGUCAGCAGUACUUCCUGAGGAGAGGGGAGUACUCUGACUACCAGCGCAUGAUGGGUUUCGGUGACUGCAUCAGGUCCUGUCGUAAUAUCCCCAUGCACAAAGGGUCCUACAAAGUAAGGCUCUACGAGAGGGAGAACUUCGGAGGUCAGAUGUAUGAGCUGAUGGACGACUGCGACAACAUCCAGGACCGUUACCAUAUGUCUGACUGCCAGUCCUGCAACGUGAUGGACGGCCACUGGCUGAUGUACGAGCAGCCCCACUACAGAGGCAAGAUGAUGUACCUAAGGCCCGGAGAGUACAAGAGUUUCAGGGACAUGGGAUAUGAUGGAAAUAGGUUCAGCUCCAUCAGACGCAUCACUGACUCCUGUUAA